GUUCUGCCUCACCGCCCGACUCCACCACUGUCAGCUCCAUAAACCUCAAUCCCUCGAAUUUUUCCAGCUAAAUCUCUCUUUUGACUCCGACAACCACACGCCAGGGUAAGUUUUAUGAAUUUCCUCCUAUUUUUCAACCCCUCCCAAAGCUCAAUGAUUAAACAACCCAAUCUCAAUCAAUCUGUCAAUCCACUGACACUCUGUGACGAAACUAUCAUUUUAACGAGAUAUGAUUUUGUGGCUUUCAGCACUGUUACUAGCGUUUUGCAUUCAAACUCUUCAAGCAGUCGCUAACAUUCUUCUCUCAGAUACAAGGAAAGCAAGGCCGACCCAAAAAGGUCCGAGGCAAGAACAAUGGCAGCACCGUUGGAAGAUCCUUCGGUCCCUCCCGUGCGCAUCUCCAAGAUUGCAGAUCGCUACCUCGUCUUCGAUGCAGAAGAUGUAGCCACCAUCAGGCGCAGCCACAACAUCUGCUCCGUCCUGGUGGGAACGACCCCGCAGAACCCAACACAGAACGUGUUUCUCAGUCUGCCGCUGGAGUUGCUGCCCGAGGAGGCCAGCGUGCUCGUCGAGAACAAGGUAGGCCGCCUCGUCGAAGAGGCUUCGCAUCACCUGUCGUCCCUACGCUCCCCGGACAAGGCCACCCGCCAGGCCUACAUUGCAUUGUUGAAAGAACGUCGCAGCAAGGCGCAGAAGCUGCUGGUAGAGGACCAGGCCAAGAAGGCAGCCACAGAACAGACGCGGAGGAACAAGGGCGCCAAGUUGGCUGCGGCUCAGCCAAAAGCCAGUCCCGAGGUGGAUGAUUCUCUGUUUGGAGGUGCUGUUCCAGACAAGAGCUCGAAACCCCGCGAUGGCGUGGAUGCCAAGCCGUCCCUGGCGGUGACGCCGACAACUAGCGAAGGUCUCCUCGUGCCUUUGGGUGAGAUUGAGAAAACAGUGCCUCAACCUCUCGCUGGGCCGUUGCAUCGACACUUGCAGUCUAGAGGAUAUUUCAUGACUCCUGGUUUACGUUUUGGCGCCGAUUACAGUGUUUACCCGGGUGAUCCAUUGCGGUAUCACGCCCACUUCCUCGCUACAAACUACGAUUGGGAUGAAAAGAUACCGAUGCUUGAUAUCGUUGGCAGUGGUCGUCUGGGUACUUCAGUGAAGAAGGGCUUUUUGUUUGGCGGAGAGGUUCCCGGCGUCGACGGUGAUCCUAAGCAAGUGCGCGCAUUUUGCGUUGAAUGGGCAGGAAUGUGAGCUGGAAAUUGGGCCACACGCCUGAAUAAAGGUGACGCUCAACGCUACGCCUAGAUAACCUAUGUAAUACCAACAAGAUACCCCUAU